AUGUGUGAAUCAAUUGGUGUUCUUGAUACAAUUUGCAAUCCACUCUUGCUCAAGUUUCGCUUGAAAUUUCAGAACCAUGUUAAGUUGAGAUAUUUUAAGGUUUCUCUAUUUUUUUUUUUUCUUUUUUUCGGCUGUUGGGUGAAGAUAGAUCAUCAAAUUGGAUAUGGUGUUGAAGUGACUGGGUUAUCUCCAUCUGUUACCGAGAAAUAUCUUAUUGAUUUCUUCUCUUUCUCUGGUACAAUCCAAUAUAUAGAUAUUGUCAGGUCAGGUGAGCAAGCUUGCACUGCUUAUGUGAUGUUCAGGGAUUCUUAUUCUCAAGAAAUUGUUGUUUUACUCAGUGGGACAACAAUAUUGGAUCAGCGUGUUUGCAUUACUUGUUGGAGACAACAUCACAAAGAGUUCUAUUUCUGGAAUGCGACUCUGCGGGGUUUUGAAGAUGAAUCAUACUCAAAUCCUCAUGCUCAACGAGGCAAGUUCAACGCUGGAGAAGCAGUGACUAAAGCUCAAGAAGUGGUGAAAACAAUGUUUGCCACAGGAUUCGUGCUAGGCAAAGACGCUUUAAGCAAAGCUAAAACCGUUGACGAAUCCCACGGUGUAUCAGCUGCGGUGAUGGCUAGAGUUUCCCAAUUAGAGCAGAGGAUUGGUCUCACUGACAAAAUCUUUACCGGACUUGAAGCUGUAAGAAUGACCGAGCAAAGAUUUUUUUGGGAGGCGGUUAGGACCACAUCUUCGUUACUCGGUUUAUCCUUUUCCUUCUUCAAGUAUGUUCUGAAGCUGGAUCGGAGUUCCCGAGGAUCACCAAAUCUGUGGUCAACAAGUGCGAAUGAAAAGAGUGGAUUCAUCAACCUCGUGUCACGUUAUCUCAGGCUAAGCAUAGAUUAAUUCCUUAUGUUCCAAUGUUAGUGCCGCCAAGGAGAUGGAAAGGAUAUGCUUUCAAACUUCUUUCUUCUUUGGUUCUUAAUACUUACGAUUCAUAUUUUUUAAUUGAGAACCUCAUGCCCACACAUUGUUUUAUAUAGACAUGUGUGUUUGUAGCACUUAUGUGUACAAGUACUGCCACAUUUUCUUCAUAUAUGACAAGUGUGGUUACUUCUUUUUA